GCAUCGGUGCCUCGGAGCUGCACCUCUGUAAAGUUCGCAUAUCUUGGCCUGCUGUGGCCCUUCGGGGCCCCCCACGGAAGCCCACGGCGUGAAACUACACGGCUGCAGCGACCGCACAGACCGAACCAGCGAGGGGGAAACAUUUCAGCUCAUUUUUAGGAGCCGGCUCCCGGGAAUCCUGUGGGUUUUCACUAACCAAGGCAGUGGAGGAUGUCAGUCAGCGCAGCCACACCCAGACCGAGACCCUGAGAGAGAAACAGAAAACUCUGAAAACCCUGCAGGUACAACGUCAUCAUUUGUCUGAUGAAACUUCGCUCACAGGCGACUUUUGGACGGGCAGCUCUGGAUGACAUUGAAAAGGAAAUUCCACAUGUGGAGCACCGGCUGAGGUCCAAGUGGAGAGAAGUCCGCCUGCUGGACGGAGAGAUGGAGCAUCUGGAGAAGCAAAGAGCGCUGCUGCAGGACCGCUGUGCCGGCAUCAACAAGGAGAACGUAAAGCUGAACGUGCUCUUACAGGACGAGGAGGAGUCCGCCCGGUCCGCUCUGGAAAAAUUCAGCGCGUACAGGAACAAGAUGAAAGGCCACAAAGACGCCGUCCUGCAGGCUGUGAGCCAGACGGAGGCCCACAGGGAGCUGACGGAGAACCGGAUGCUGGUCUUGAAGCUGAGGCAGGAGAAGGAACAUCUCCAGGAGGAUCUUCAAAACCCAAACGGGAUAACGCUGCAAACGGCUAAGGUGCAAAACAUACACAAAACGAUUUUAAAAGUAUUUGGUUUUUGUAAAUGUUCUUCUGUCCAGGAGGAAAUCGAUGCCCUGAAGAGAGAGAUCUCUGAGCGGAAGACAGCCAUCGCUGAAGGAAGGGAACAACUGAAGAAAGAGUUUGAGAUUCAUGCAAAGCUAAAGAGAGAUGUCGAGAUCCAAACCAGGCGCUAUGAAGCCAUCGCCAAGCGGCUGCGCUGCCAGCUCAGCAGGGUUCAGGCCGUACACAGGCAGACUUUGGAUGAAAUUUUCCACCUGCAGAAGCAGCUGACUGAGUUCAAGGGGCAGCAGCAUUCUUCACAAGGUUGAAGAUGUUUAAAGUACAACAUUAUGUUUGUCUAAUCUGGGUUAUUUGUUCUGCUGGAGGACACAUUUAGGCAUUUAAGAUACUUGCUACUUAUAGAACGGUUAGAUUUUUGUUCCUCGUGUUGAACAGGUGGGGGCAGCACCCUGCAGUAAAUCUCUAGCUGCGGCUUCUGAUGCGUUUGUCAUGUUCUGUGUUUAUGCAAACCGCUAAUGGCCUCAAUUUGAGCUUUGCCGAAUCCAACCGCUAAUCCACUGAGAGUUUGUUAAAUAAAGACACGUUCAUCUUCUGUGUGUGAAUUGGUGUCGACGCGAGCAGAGCGUGAGAUGGGAUUUCGGCUCGAGCGAUGGCAGAAAAUCAGUCCCUGCAGAACAGAGUUUGAGGCACAACAAAAGCCACGUGUCCACUGUAGCUGACGAGGCAAUGAAGUUUGUUUUGGAACGCACCGUUCCAGCUCCUCUUCCAGCUUCUGCUCCACUAAGUGGCUUGACGGCUGCGAAGUGGCAGUUCCUCCGUCCCACGGUCCAGGGUAUGACUUCUUUGGCACAGCAAUGCAACGAUUGCUCAGCAUUUUUAAGAACCGAGUCCACACCAUGCAGACUGAAGCAAGAAAAUUAAAUGUUUCGUCAAAAAUGGACAGAGAUGUCAUGUUGAAAAGCUUUUACAAGUGCUAAAAUGUGUGAAGUGGGACGGCUGCUCUCCUAUUUUUUUUAAAAGUGGAGGAAACAAACAUUUUAAAACAAGUCAGGAGUUGAGUUACCAUUUAGAUAGUAUUUUUUUAAAGUGUUUGGCAUUUGAGUUUCAAUUGGAAAUAAAAACAAAGUUAGCAAAAUUGCUGGAAGGUAGCAUUUAGGUUGAAAUCUAAUAACCAAGUUUGCAUUUAGCUAGCUAAGUUUGGCACAGCCACAGCACUUUAGUUAACUUUCAGAAACAACUUGUUUAGCUAAACUGUUGGACCUAAAAACAGUGAGCUAGCAUUUGGUACAACUUAGCAUUUUGUAUUUCAGUGAGGUUUAAAAAAUAAGUUCUUUAAAAAGAAGUUGGUAUUUAAAUUAGACUUCAAAACAAGUUAAGCAUUUGAAAUUUAGGUUUGCAUUUAAAUGCAAGUGACUUAGGAUGCAUUAAAAACAAAAUGAGCUAGUACAAUUUGGCAUUUGGGUUGGCAUUUUAAAAAUAGUAUUUAAGUAAACAUUUAAAAAUGCAAGUUAGCGUUUCUGUUUAAGUU